UGCCCUAAGAUGUGUGGCGCUGGGUAUACUCGAUAUCCUCGCCUGGACCCUGUACGAAGGGUAGCCCUUUGGCUUGUGCCCAUUUUUAUGGUGGUUGGCAAUUUUCAAUUUCCACCCCUAGGAUCUCUCAACAGCUUCUGCAUCGCAAUUCACCUAUUCGGGGAUCCCAUACACACGGUGUAUAGUCUCCUGGUCAAACUUGAGAUUUCACGGAGGAUACGGGCACGCUGGAUCGAUUCUCCGCCGCCUAUUAGGGAGAGGGAACUCUGCGAGAACGAGAGCCAGCGCAGGAGAUCACUUGCAGAUAUCGCUACUCUCAAUGUCCUUUUCGAUGAAUGGAACUACAGCGCUUCCGGGGUAUACCUUCAAAUGAGAAAGCUAUUUGACCAACUGAAGGGCGAGAGGAAGACAAACUUUAUCGCAGCUUGUAGGGAGGCUGCUCACCGACUGGCUGAUUCCCGGGUAAACGACUCUCUCCGAACUUGGCUGGCGGUAGGCGGAUAUAUCAUCGGUGUCAUCAGCGCAUUUCUAAAGACACUCGAUUCCGGAGCAUCCAAUCGUACAGCCCAUUCAAUAGCAUUUGCUAUCUUGUACUCAUGGCUUAUUCCAGCGGUCGUGAUAAGCGCGAGCGUCGGUGGAUUCGCCAGCACACGUGCCGGAAGACGGGUGGUCCGGGAAAUCCAAGACGAACUGCAAGAUGACUGGACGAUCCCAGACCCAGCUGACACCACAUACCCAUCAAGUAUUCGCCUUCCUUUCUCGGGUGGUGUUAUACUUGAGGACUCUACAACGCUGGAAGAAUCGUUCGGCUUCUUCGGAAGCUAUAGUUUCCGUCAUAACAUGAGUCUGAAACUCCCCAGCCCAAGCGCUCUCGAAACCCGGCGAACACACUCUUGGAACCGACCGAAUUGGCUCCUCCUACUCUUAUCCUUCAUCCCCAUCCUGAUCGCAACCUUCACCGCCGUGCUCCUGAGUUGGAUGCAUCCUCCCGACGGCCUAGGCUGCCGUUCAAUCACGCAGAUCGCCUUCUGCGCGACCUGGUUCUUAAGUGCGCUUUUCACAAAGCUCACCGGCAAAAUCUUCACCGGGAAAUACCACUUUCGACUAGUCAUCGCAAAAGACCUGAUUCUCACGAUACUGCAGGUCGGCUUCAUGCUAGCGGCUUUCGUGGGGUACUACAACAGCUGCUUGUGCUGGUCGAACUAUUUCUCAUUGACCCGCCGGGGUCCAGCCUUCACGGAAAUGGUCCAAGAUGAGGCGCUAAAGAGGAUGGUGAAAAUGCAGUGGCCGGUAAUUGUUCUGGUGGGUUUGGCUGCGCAGGGGCUCAUGUUAGCUCUAAUGUGCCUUUGCUCGGCCAAGGGGCUCAAAAUAUUCGAGAGGAGC